GUAAAUUUUUUCACUUUCUCCAAAUACAGAGAUUGACUGAGUCCUUGUUGCAACUCAGCCGGCAGGAUAGAAAUGAGACCAAGAUGAAGAUUCCAGAAAAUGCUAGUAAGAUUUCUGUUAUGGAGUCUAGUAUCGGUAUUGAAGUUGAGCUGGAAAGAAUGCUAAGAUGCAUCUUGAAUCAAGUGACACCAGAGAAUUUAAAAGAAGUGGUUACAACAAUCAAACAGAAACGCAUUAACACCCUAGAAAGACAUUUGAUUCUGGUGGAACUUCUUUAUAAAAAUGCUGUUGAAAAAACGGGUUCAUCUGACAUCUACGCUCAGAUUUUGUCCCAAGUGUCUUCCCAUGCUGAAAGUCGUGAAGUUAAAAAACUCAUUAACAAAUGCCAGAAAGAAUUUGAGAAAGAUAGAAACACAUUCAAGGCAACAAGAAAGAGAGAAAUUGAUGAGGUCACCAAUCCCAUAAGGAAACUAGAAUUGUCAUUACAACUAGACAAUGAUCUGAAGAAAUGUAGCGAAUUGUCAAAGAACAACAUUAAGCUCAUUGGAGAGCUUUAUAAGUUGCACAUGAUGACUACAACAAUCAUUCACAGAAUCAUCCAGUCAUUAUUGGAGAAGAGAGAUGAACUAUCGCUUGAGUGCCUGUGUAUACUGCUAACUGUCACUGGCAAGCUUUGUGAAACACAGUGCAAGCUUCGACCAGAGGCAAUGCAAGAAUGGGAUAAAUAUUUUAUAGAGAUGAAUAAGAUAAUGAGUGACCAUCAAAUCAGUAACCAAUUAAGAAACCUAAUGAUAGAUGUGAUUAAUCUGCGACAAAAUAACUGGGUUCCACAAGAGGAGCCAACAAUGGAGACUUCUACAGCAACUUAGCCUUGUUCUGAUGCUAAGAACUGCACCGCUCACUGCUUUAAACGACUGCUAAAGCCAAGGCAGCAUUGCUAGCUAGUCCACAUGAAUGACUCUAUUAAGUGUCAAGCUUGAAAAAGUCUAUGCAUAAACUGAACUGUCUUCAGCAAAAAAUGUUUUAAAUCAGUAGAUCUACCUUAACCUAUUCACAAAACUGUUAGAGCAGGGCUACUCAUCUGGCGGCAUGCAGCCCUAAUCCGCAUUUUCUGAGUAUUGCAGCAGGGACCCAGGCUCCAGGAGGAAAAAGUAUAAUUAAUAUGAAGGUCCUGAUAAUGGAUUCUUGAAAGUGUAUUCCCUCGAGUAAAUAAGAAAUUAACCCAUUUGGCAUGUAUGGCAAGAAUAGAUGGCUCUACAAAUGCUUAAUCACCAAGGUGUCAAUUAUUAGUCCUACAUAUCUCACUUGCUUAUCCUUGACUUCUGGAAGGUGACUCUUGCAUUUUUUCAUUGUCUUAAAUGUUACCAAGAUUAUAAUAACGAUUUAAUAAUCAUAACAUCAAUAACAAUAACAACAGUAUCGAUAACAGUUGUAUUAAAAAGAAAAGCACAUUUCCCCUCCAAUUCAAGGAAUGGCGAAAUGAGGGUCAGUCACUACUGACAGACCUCUUACUGGCUAAGCACAGUGAAUUCAUCUGUAUGUAACAAAAUUCACAAAAAUAAAAAUAUGGGAACACUGUGCAGUACUCAGAUUGAUGGUCUUAUUUUCAUUAUUGCAUUUAGAAUAUUCAUCCGAACUUCUGCAUAUAUUGGAACUUUGUUUAUAAUAGUUGAGUAGCCCUUUGUUUGAGUAAUCAAAUAUAGUUCUAAGUAUAACAUACUCUUUUAUAUCAUGUAUCUCUAAUAUAUCUCAUAUUAACUAGACUAAAGUGAAAUACUAUUUUGUUAUAUGUGUAAGCAGGGUCACCAAUGUUAUUAUCGAUCUUUAUGUAUACUGUAUAUUUAUACACCGUAAUGCUUGAUUUAUCUCUUAACCAAAAGGUUCAAGAGCGGAUGCUUGCUUCGAAACGUGUGUAUUGUGAUCACAGCAGUUUUACCAGUACCACAGUACUUACACUUUCUCCAUAAAACUGUACUGCAACUAGUGGUGAUAGAACUAGAACAGCAACAUAUAAAUAAAUGAGUAUAUAUAUUAUCAGAGAAAACCAGAAAAGGUUUUAUAUGUAGAAAUUGAAAAUACACACCAUAACAUUUAGUCAAUAUAGACUUAUCAUUAAACCAAUAGAAUUUUGUUUAUAAUCUAUUAAGUGUUAUUCACCAGAAAUGUAAAACUUCAAAAUUUUAUACUCGUAAUGUAAACAAGUAAACAUUUCUAUGUAGUGCCAGGUAUAUUCUUAUUACAUGUAAUGAAGUGCA